UUUUUUUCAAACCUUAUGUGUAUAUCUACCCUCGCUUCCCUGCAGAUCAAGAAGAAGGAGUCCGUAGGCGGGGAGAAUCACGAACUGGAUCAAUAUGAAGUAUCUGGAGUCUUUCAGAACGAAUCAAAGCAGGUCUUUGUGGAGGACUUUGACACGAAUACGCCCUCUGCCCCCCCCCCGCUGAAUCUGUCUCAAUGUCACCCCUCACGGUGUCUUUUUCGUCUGCAGGUUAUAUUUGCCAUAGGUCGUGACCCCUGCACCACCUCUAUGGGUCUCAGCAAUGUUGGAGUAAAACUUACUAAUUCGCAUUACGUCGAGACUGACGAGGAGGAACGAACCAAUAUUGCAAACAUCUACGCUCUUGGUGACAUCAACGCUAAUGGUCUCAAGUUGACCCCAGUAGCCAUCCAGACGGGCAAGCUCCUGGCUAGACGUCUCUACGCUGCUGACGAUUGCCUGGUGAGUAAUCUCUGUCCUUACCUUUACUCCGUCCGCUUAACUAGGCUUUCGUCACCGAGAGCGCUUUGGUGUUGUCGUGGCAUCCCCAUCUACCGAUUCCUCUUAAUCCUGCUAGGUCUUUUGAAUCUUUAUCCCCAACGAUGUUAUGCUAAACACAGGCACCCCCCCAUUUUGCCUAAUGUUCCACGAAAUUUUCUUCUGAGGAGGGAAGCAUGCGCAGAAAACCCCUUAUGUGCAUUCCCGAGCAGCUUUUUGCCCUACGAGUGUUCACCUGAUGUAGAUGUUCAGUUACCUCUGCACCAUACGCACACCAUUAAACCUCCUUCGAUCGUCUUCUGUCAACGUUUCCGUUAG